GCGCCAGUCUCCAGUCGGCCCCGGGUGACGGAGGCGGACAGUAGAGCGGGUGGGAGCCGUGCUGAGGAGGAUGGCGAGCGGGAGCGGACUGGACCUCCACUAUCACCACCAUCACCAUCACCAUCACCACCACCAUCGUCCACAGCAUCGUCCCCACCUCUACUCGGCGCCACCUCGACCGCGCGGCGUCUAAUUUACCGUCGAGGUCCGAGUCUCCACAAAAUGGCGGCGGCGGGGCCGACGAACUCCGUUUAAACCGCCUCCUGCUUCUAUCAUAAUGGACGGCGAGUCUUCCCCCCCACAAGCCGGUUCUUUCUACUCCGGCUUGUGGAGCCGGCUGGCCGGCCUGGGGUCGCUGCUCUCCCGCCGGCUUGUGGAGGAGACGCCCGGUGGCAGCGUCGUCUCCUUCUCGCCUUGCCUGGACGUCGCCGACCGCUGGGGAGCCGAGGCCAAGGCCAAGGCCGGUGUGGGCGAGGAGCCGGGGUCGUUACCCCGUGGUCAAGCCGAGCCCCAGGCUCGCAGCAACAACAGCAGCAACAGCAGCAGCCUGUUGGGGGACGUGUGGAGUAAAGUGUGGCUGGGGGGCGGCUGGCUUUCCCACGCCCGCAGAGCCGCCUGUUACCCCCACCCCCGUGUCGCCCCACAACACAGGCAGACCUCCCUGUGGACAUCUGACCCUCCAGCAUCUUCUCUCCACCUGGAAAAUGCCAACAUCAGCAUGUGGACGCUCUCUCAUCUCUCCCUCUCCACCGUCCAGAGAAUGGAGAAGCCCUCAGAACUUUCCCAAUUCAUCGCCGUGGACGCGUACCAUGGUUAUUUUAGCCUGGAAGAGGAGCACACUUGCCCCAAGCAGCAGCAGCAACAACAACAACUGUUCAAUUCGGCCAGUGACCUCUCCCCUGGUUCUACAUCUACAAUGACUCGCUCCUCCGGGCCUGGUGACCUGAAGGAAAAAGAAGAAGAAUACAGUUCUGCAAAAAGUGUAGAGGCAGUUUUGUUGCAGCUUCUAAAUGUGGACUUGCCCACCUGCAAUCGUUUGGAAAUUGAAGAUAAAAUUCUGCCCUUCGGAGAUGAGGAGUGGACAAGUAGUGAUGAUGACACUGAGGAUGAUUCAGAUGAAGAGGAAACCAGCCCUUCCAUAUCCAGACCUCAGUGUGCCAAUAAAACUAUCGCCUAUAUUAUGGGAAGCCAGGAUAGUGAUGAAGAUGAUGACAGUGAGGAUGAGGAGAGUGACUUGGACGAUGAUGGAUUUGAUAGCGAUGGUAGUUCUGAACUCUCAGACAGCGACGAAAAUGAAAUUCUCUGGAACUCUUUAGCAAAUUUCUCUGAUCCGUACAACCUGUUGAACUUUCAAGCUUCUAUUAAAACUCGACACAAGUUAGAAACUAGAAUUGUAUUGGAGUCCAGUAAUCCCCAGCAACCUGUGUUGUGCUUCCCCAACUCUAAAGAUGCUGAGGAGAGAAUGGACAGUGGGUUUUCAGAUGAGCCACAGAACCAGCUGCCUCUGCAAACAAAAUGCAGGAAAAAGGUUGCCUUUGAUGAGCACGUCACAGAAUAUUACGUGAGCAGCGAGGAGGUCCGUAAAGGUCCUUGGGAAGAGUGUGCCCGAGAUCGCUGCCGCUUCCAGAAGCGAAUCAAGGAAACUGAAAAAUGUAUUGGCUGUUGUUUUACUCUUGAACACCGACGGACAGUGCUGAAGAGAAUGCAGCUCGUGACCCCUGAGCAGACCGGAUUGAGAAAACAGAACUCUCCUCUUUUGCUGUAGACUAACGACUAAAUAACCCUCAAGUUUGUUCCAACUGUGCAAUGUCAGCUUUGGAAAAUGGGAUUAGGAGGCAGUUAGGAGGUGGUUGAAGCAGAAUAUUUUGCACAGUUGUUACACGGCUGACUGGAAGUAAAAGGCAGCCCUUUAUGAAACGUGUCACAUUUGAGGUUACAGAGUCACUACAUCAGAGGAGUCAAAUAUUGCUUUGGCACUAUUGUGAGCUAUACCUGGGCUGAUGCUUUUAACUGUUUACUCUUUUUACAAUUGGUUUCCCCAAGAUAACUUUUGUAUAAACGUUAGUCAAACGUGAAGAGAUUAAUGAUUUGUGGAGGUUGAGUGCAUUUGUUCAAUGAGUUAUACAGUCAUUAAUUUAUUGCCCCUUUUAUUCCUGAAAUCUGGAUUAAAACCCAAUCUAGAUCCAUCCAUGCAAGUACCUUGUGUACUGGCUGACUAAAUCCUGUACGAUAUUCACUUGGAGAAAAUGCAAAGGUGAUGUGGCGACUGGAAGAUGUAUUUCUGUGUCAAUACGGUACCCAUUUGCAAUGAGACUGAGGCACUUUUCCAAAGCAGGCGUUUAGGGGACAAAUAACUUGUGAAUUUCUUAAAGCAUUUGAAGCUCAUAUAACAUCGACCACCUGAGUGAGUUUCCUUCAGAAAGUCACAUGUUUAAUGAAGAACAACGUCUUAAAGGAAUCCAAACUAAUUUUUUUUUAAAUUUCUCCUUUGGCCUAUCGCGUCCAUGCUAGUUAAAUGUAAAAUUCAGAGCUACUAUGGUGGGAUUUAAAUUAAUUUUGCUGCAUUGUUAUUUCAGGCCUGGGGUAAUUGGUCCAGUAAUUUAAAUACUUUGUCACACCAGAUUAUUUUUGUGAUUUAAGCCUUUAUUUGCUGGGGGGUGCUGUGAAGUGUGGAUCUUUGAAGGCUGCCCUUGACUACGGGUGCCAAGACAAAUGGGAAGUACUGAAAACCACGGCCUGUUUUAACAGCUCAGCAUUUAAAGAAGUGCUUUUAUUUUGGAGGUCAACUAUUGGAAAGUUUACAAGUUGUGGGAGCAGAGUUAGGCCAUUCGUCCCAUCAAGUCUACUCCACCAUUCAAUCAUGGCUGAUCUAUCUUCCCCUUUCAUGCCCAUUCUCUUGCCUUCUCCCCAUAACCCCUGACACCUGUAUUAAUCAAGAAAGGGUAAAACCUUUAAAAGAUUGGUUUAAAUUAUGGAUGCCGAGUAAAUGUCCUAUAUUAUUCCUUUAAGCAGCCUUUUUAAUGUUAACAUUCCCCCCCCCCCCCCCCCCACAUUCAGUUUCUUGUUGAAUUCCAUGAGUUCUGUGCUCAUAAAUUUUCCCUUGUUGAAACACUUAAUGCAGAAUGCAUUCUACCCAACAGCCAUUUGCUGCAUAACAGCACCGUGAUUGUUUCAUUUUCUGGUUAUAUUUGAAUCAUUUCAGUUCACAAGUGAAGGAAUAUAUUGCACUUAUGAGUGUUUUCCUUUCGCCUACCCAGCAAGUUACAGAUGCUCCCCGAUUUCCUAUGCCUCGACUGGCGAUAUAUCGACUAUAUGAUGGUGCAAACGUUGGGCGACGGCAGCGAGCCGCCAUUUACGGUGGCUUUAUCGGAACGUAGCCCCAUCGCAGGUCGAGGAGCAGCUGUAUCUUUCAGUGUGCUGGGUAUUGAUCUCUCUGUUUGAUCAUUUUAUGGGUUUUUGAAAUAUUGAAAUCAGGGGAAAGAGAACGUUUGAUUUAGCCGAGUUGCUGAAGCAAAUAUUUCAUAACUUAUUAGGACCAAUACACUUGUCAUUGCUGGGUAAUGUUGCUUAAAAGCUACCUAGUUAGAUGUUUUUUCCACGCGAAAGCUUUCCAUGUUUAGAAGCAUCUCAGUGCAAUGCAGUUGGUUCAUUUACCUAUUUGGCCGUUUUUUCGAAUUUCCAGGAGGAAUUUCUUGCCGUUUCCUAUAAGCAGAAUUACUCACUACAUCGAGACUAUUUGGCCCUUCUUCGUUUACUCAGCCAUUUGUAACAACCAUCUAAAUGAGCCCACUCCCCUACUUGUAAAGUCUUACAUUAUUUCCCCCUUUCGAGAGAUACCACCAGGUUUGUUUUCAGGCAUUUGAUUCCAUUUGGUAAAAGCUCUUGGAUAAAGGGAAAAUCAGUUGGUUCUUUUGGCAAUUUGAGAAAAACUAUUUGAUAUUUUUGCUGAUAGCUGAUUGCAUCGCAGCUUCGGCUAUAAAGGGAAUGGUGGUGUAAGAUGGGCAAUGCAAUCCGUAUAAGUACAGUUUUUGUUUAUCGCAGCUAUCUAUUCAACUGCUACUUUGACAUAAAGACACCAAAUCUCACAAAUGCCCCACCUGUAAGGCACCAUUUAUUGAAAGAUAUGGUUAACAUUCCCGGCUAAUGGAUUGGUGAAGGGGAAUUAAUCAGAAACUUUAGCAUUAUUUUUCCUGCACGGACGCUGCCUGAUUUACUGAGUACAUCGAGCAAUUUCCGAGCUUAUUUCAGAUUUCCAAAUUGCAAGUACUUUUGUCUUCUGAUCCAAGUUGAUUUUGAUUAGUGAUUUACAUCUCAAUGCAGGAUUCAUCCAUAAACGUGAAUUUAAUUUCUUGCAUUCCAAAGAGUGGGAAGAAUAACGUUUUUAUUGUUUCUGGCCUGAUUAGGAAAUGCUAUCAUAUUCACAUGGUUCUUUUUUAUGUGGCUGCUGGUUUGCUUAUUGCAACAUAUCACAUUCUGAUUUAAGGCAUAUUUUUAACUUGGGAGAUGGGCAAAACAUAUUAAAGUGGCAGAUUAAUUUGUCAGCAUGCACAUGAGGAAUUUGCCUUACGCAUUAAAAUAUUUCCAUCAUUCUAUUCUCAGGCAAGCUACCUACCCAACUGUAAUGCACUCUUGGUAUAUUAAAAGUACUACAUUAUAGGUCAUCGCUAUUUUGCACUUGGGGUAUGAAAUCAACAUUAUUUUAUGCUUAAUAGCUUUUGUGAAAAUUAAGUGCUAUUUUGUUCCAGCUAAUUGGCUUUUACAUGUGUAACAAAUGCCAUAUCUUUGAAAUGUGGCACAUCACAUUCAGAAUCGGGACUGUUUCAAUUAUUCUCUCAUAUUUGUGGACAGGGAUAUCGGGUCAUUUUUCCGCGUUUCAAUUUUAAAUGCUUGCUUAAGGCAGUUUAUUGCUAAACCUGAGUUACGUGCAAUUAAUGUUAUGUUCUCAAUAAAACUCUGCUUAGAUACUCGCUCAAUCAGUUAAAAAUGAGGAAUUCCAUUUUCAAUUUGAUUGGGAGCCUGUGAAAUAAUUCCGGGUUAGAAUUUGGAAGCUGUACAAGUAUUUUGUUAGCUUCAUUGAAGUCAAAUCAAUAUCAAACAUACUAGAAUUCCUGUUUUCAAAAUUAAACACCCACAAAUAAUAUUAGCUUGAAAAGUGAGAUAUGAAAUCCAAAUCUGUAAAUGUUAUCCUUUAGAAUUGUGGCAUUGUGCCUUCGAAACAGUUGACAAGUUCCACACAGCUUAAAACAACCACUUUUCAGCCAUGUUUUUCACAUUCUGAUGGCGAAUGGUGCUUUAAAUAUCACUUGGUUUUCACUUCCAGCAACCAAUGUACAAAUUGCGAGUCUAAAAUUCAUCUACAUUUACAGCUCACUAUAAAGAUGUGUUUCUCAGAAACUCAGCAACACUUGCACAAUGAACUUCAGCACUUAUGGUGCUCGUUUAAAAGAAAAUGGUGAUUGAGUGUUGUAUUUCAGUGAUGGAGAAACACUUGUACACAGUCCUCUACCCUGCAUCAGGGGAUUUCAUCUAACCAGUUAAAUCAAAAGCUCUCCCAGAAUGAGAAUCCUAAACUCAGGCUAAAGGAGAUGUAGGGAACUUGUGAUGCAUAGGUUGUUGCUAUUACACAUUACAUGUAAAUCACUGAUCAUUGAGAUAUUGAGUCUGUGAUAGAUUUAAGCCAGCACCAGUAGCAGAUCUGAGAGCGUCUUGGACGUUAGCAGGCAAAUUUACAGAUUUGAUGUGACAGAAAUCCAAUCUCAGUUUCUGUUUUUCAUUCAUUUUCUCCUUUUAUUGCGUGAAAAUGUUAGGUAUGUGAGUUUGUGAAGACUUUUGCACCAUUGCCCUCAGUACAUGGGUUUUAAUUUACCAAGCAACUAAUUAUUUUUGUAAAUUUUUUUUUUGCAGAUUUGUAAAAUGUGUAAAGAAAAUAGUCAAUUCUAUUUUGCAUUAGAUUUGUUAAUUAUUGAUAAACAGCGAUUUUAAAAAAUAAUAAUUUAUAAUUCCCCAUCAAACUGUUAAAAUGGGAAUCACUAAUGGUGCAUUUAAGCACGGAAAACAAAUUGCAAAUAAAAGAAGUCUGAAGCAUG